AUGAUGAGAAUUUCUAUAAUUUUAUCGAUUUUCUCAAUAAUUUGUGCCAGUCCACCGAAAGGAAGCUUUUAUUGGAGUAAGUUUGAUUUCUUUGAGUUGGCUGAAAAAUCAGCUUGUGGAAUUUUUUUUUAGGAACAUAAAGAAAUGUUGGAAACGAACGAUAAAAUUAUUUACGAAAAUUUUGAAACCUCUUUUUUCGGGGGAAUUUUUUCCAUGGAAAUGUUGAAACCUUGGUCGAAUUGUUUUCAUUGAAAAAAAAUAUAUCAGAAAAAAUUAUCUUAAAAAAUUAUCUUAAAUUGUUUUUGAAACGAUGCAAAAAUUUUUAAUAAUGAAAAGUUUUGAGCCAAGUUCUACAAAUCACUUUCCAGAAUUUUCUAUUUUCAGCUGAUCGUGAGAUUUCCUGCACAUCCUACGCUGUUAAUCGAACACGCUGUGUUCUGAAUCACCCCGAUCUGGGACCUGAACAAAAUCCAGAAUGUUUCGAUGAGAUUUCUCCCACCACCGGAGAGAAAACCAAAACAUUUUGUGCUUUGGGAUGUGAAGAAUCACUGGAGGCGACUCUGGUGAAAAAAGAUCCAUCGAAUAGUCGAAAAUGUGUGCAACAUUAUACUUAUAAUUUGGAGCGCAGGAGGCAAGAUUGGUGAGAGAUUUCGAGUGCAAAGAUGAUUCUUGAAUAAAAAUAUUUUAGGUAUCUUUGGAGAAAUGGAUCUUGUCUCGAUACAACCAUCAAGUUUCAUUUGAUUUGUGGAACUCCGACUAAUCCGAAAAUAUUCUACCGACAGAAUGAAGAACUGUUUUUGUAUGAAGAUGCUACUGACUAA